CGCCCCGCCUCCCCAUUUCUCCUCCUCUACCCAAUAAAAUUCCCCGCACGAAUCGAUCCCCUCCGGAUCCGGAUCGCCCCGCCGCUCAUCGAUCCGCGCGCGCGAUUUUUACCUGAUUUUUUGCCGAUUUUUUUUGGUUACGAUCGGUGUGGGUGCUCUCUACCUAGGGUUAGGGGAGACGACCGCCGCCGCCGCAGCAUUUCGGGCUCCUUACUAGUGGGGGAGGAGAGGAGGUGAGGUGAGGUGAGGUGAGAGGCGGAGAGGAGAUGGAGAAGAAGAAGGUGGCGGUGCCGCUGGUGUGCCACGGCCACUCGCGGCCGGUCGUCGACCUGUUCUACAGCCCCGUCACGCCCGACGGGUACUUCCUCAUCAGCGCCAGCAAGGAUGGAAAUCCAAUGCUUCGUAAUGGUGAGACUGGAGAUUGGAUUGGGACUUUUCAAGGUCAUAAAGGGGCUGUCUGGAGCUGCUGCCUGGACACAAAUGCUCUACACGCUGCAUCUGGCUCUGCUGACUUUUCAGCCAAAGUAUGGGAUGCACUAACAGGCGAUGAGCUACAUUCAUUUGAACACAAGCACAUCGUUCGUGCAUGCACGUUUUCGGAGGAUACCCACCUUUUGCUCACUGGAGGCGUGGAAAAGAUCUUGCGUGUGUAUGAUAUGAAUCGUCCUGAUGCGGCUCCAAGAGAGCUUGACAAAGCACCUGGUAAUGUGCGAACUGUUGCUUGGCUUCAUAGUGACCAAACAAUACUAAGCUCAUGCUCUGAUAUGGGAGGAGUAAGAUUAUGGGAUGUGAGGACUGGAAAAAUUGUCCAAACUCUUGAAACCAAGGCACCUGUGACUAGCGCAGAAGUAAGUCAAGACAGCAGGUUCAUCACUACAGCUGAUGGCUCGAGUGUUAAGUUUUGGGAUGCUAAUCACUUUGGGCUUGUUAAAAGCUAUGAUAUGCCAUGCACUGUGGAGUCAGCUUCACUGGAGCCAAAAUCUGGGAGCAAAUUUAUUGUUGGGGGAGAAGAUAUGUGGGUUCAUCUAUUUGAUUUCUUCACUGGUGAAGAAAUAACAUGUAACAAGGGGCAUCACGGUCCUGUCCACUGUGUCCGCUUUGCACCAGGCGGUGAAUCUUAUGCGUCAGGGUCAGAAGAUGGUACUAUCCGGAUCUGGCAGCUGAGCCCACCUAACGCUGAUGACAAUGAGGUCACUGCAAAUGGCAAACCAACAGUUGGGGUAAAUGAGGUUGCACGCAAGAUCGAAGGCUUUCACAUUCCCAAAGAGGAGCAGCAGCCGCAGCAGACUGAGGGGUAGGACUACAGGGUUGACAAACAUGGCAGUUCUUGGUGCUUACUUGGAGAUUGCUUGUCGAUGCUCCUCCCUCAUCCCGUUUCUCCCUUGCUUUGUUGAUGCCCUUCGUUCCCGACGCAAGGGGGAGAUCUUGUCCUCCGUGAGCAAAAACGGUGGAUUUCUGUAUGGGCCCCUCACCAAUAGACAGUGUCAGGAUAGCAUCUAUCUAUCUAUCUAAAGUGCCAAAAUAAACCAAGAGGAAAGCUAAGUCGGUAGUUUAGAGUGAAGUAUUGUAUGUCGCUGGUGGCCGUGAUACAGAGAUGCCCGCUGUGUUCACUGGUUUUUGUCCCCAACCCUUCUAUGGACUCUUUUAUUAUCAGAGAUUUCUUUUUCUUUA